AUGAACAAGCUCUUUGCCUAUCUGCUUGGAUUUCUGGGACUGACAGUCGUCGCCCUUGUCAUUUCAGCAAUCGUUCUUUCUCGCCUCUCCUUGGCAGAAGCUGAUCGCAAAACGUAUGUCCCGCCGAUAGAUGAGUCGGUUCCAAAGGCGUACAACGGUGAAGGUCAGGUGAUAAUUGUGGGGGCAGGAGCCUCGGGACUCUUUGCCGGCUACACACUGGAAUACCUGGGAGUUCCAUUCACCAUUCUCGAAGCCUCUCCCACCUUUGGCGGCCGUGUCCAACGCAUGGAGGACUUUGUAGAUGUCCCUAUCGACAUUGGGGCAGAAUGGAUACAUACCAACCCCCAGAUCCUUCAAGAUCUACUCCUCAUCGAAACAGAUCAAGAGAGCGUCAAGAGCAACAUUGAAACAAUAGGAUUCCAACCCCAAAGUUUCUCCUUGUGGGCUCAUGGUCGUCGUGUCCAACGAAAUUGGAUGCGCUUCUUCUACAAAGAGUACAAAUUCAAAUCCACAACCUGGUCUCAAUGGUUGGAAAACUACAUUGUUCCCUAUGUCCAGGACCACAUUGUCUACAAUGCGGUUGUCCAGCAUGUCGACUACAGUGAAACAGGUGAUGUUUCGGUAACUACGGCAGAUGGAGUCACGUACACGGGAAGCAAGGUCAUCAUGGCAGUUCCAUUGAAGGUCCUACAGGAUCAUGAUAUUCAAUUCUCACCAGCUCUGCCAGCCGACAAGACAAAAGCGCUGGAAGAGGUCUAUUGGGCCCCUGGCUUCAAGGUUUUUAUUGAGUUUCAGGAACGUUUCUAUACCGACAUGACAAUGGAUAUAACCCUCACCCAAUUCUUGCAAACAGAAAAUGACUACCGUAUCUUCUUCAAUGGAGUCUUUGGCAAAGAUCAAACGUCCCGCAACCUCAUGACUCUCUUUUGUGUCGGUGAACCCGCUCGCGAGUGGUCUAGGUUGAGUGACAAGGAGUUGUUUGAGACGGUCCUGGCCAGACUCGAUCAACUCUACGAUGGCGAGGCAUCGAAGCAAUACAUCCAACACAGGAUUCAAAACUGGAGCAACCAGCCCUUUAUCCGAGGGGCCUAUGCCUUUUCUGCGGACAGUGCCACUAUUGAAAGACCUGUCGGAGACAAGCUCUUUUUUGCGACAGACACGGAGAUAAUGGUUCAUUCGGCGGCACUCAGUGGGAGACGGGCAGCAGUGGAAGCAGUAUCCAACCCAAUCUCUAGCUAG